AUGGGGGCUAAGAACAUGGGGAAAUUUUCAGUUUUCUUGAUUGUGGUCUUGUGUUGCUGGCCUUCCAUGGCUGAAGCAGAGUACUUCAAAUACAAAGAUCCAAAACAACCGGUGGGUGUUAGGAUCAAAGAUUUGAUGAAAAGGAUGACAGUAGAGGAAAAGGUUGGCCAAAUGACUCAAAUUGAUCGAACAGUUGCAUCCAAUGAGGUCAUGAAGAAGUACUUAAUUGGGAGCAUUUUGAGUGGAGGAGGGAGUGUUCCUGCUAAACACGCAUCCCCGAAAACAUGGGUUGAUAUGGUCAAUGAUUUCCAGAAGGGUUCGUUAUCCACCCGAUUGGGUAUCCCCAUGAUUUAUGGGAUUGAUGCUGUCCAUGGCCAUAACAAUGUUUACAAAGCUACAAUCUUUCCUCAUAAUGUUGGACUUGGAGUCACCAGGGACCCUGUUUUGGUCAAAAAGAUUGGAGCUGCAACUGCACUUGAAGUUAGAGCCACUGGCAUACAAUAUGCUUUUGCACCUUGUAUUGCAGUGUGUAGAGAUCCGAGAUGGGGUCGCUGCUUUGAGAGUUAUAGUGAAGAUCCGAAGAUUGUUAAACUAAUGACGGAGAUUAUCCCAGGUUUACAAGGAGACAUCCCUGCUGGUUCCAGAAAGGGUGUUCCUUUUGUUGGUGGACAAAAUAAGAUAGCAGCAUGUGCUAAGCAUUAUUUGGGAGAUGGCGGGACUCACCUGGGCACGAAUGAGGGCAACACGAUCACAGAUGACAAAGGAUUAUUCAGAAUACACAUGCCAGCAUACUAUGAUUCGGUCAUCAAGGGUGUGGCUACUAUUAUGACCUCGUAUUCCAGCUGGAAUGGGGUCAAAAUGCACUCCAACCGUUAUCUUGUCACGGAUUUCCUCAAGAAUAGGCUCAAGUUCAAGGGGUUCGUUAUAUCAGAUUGGCAAGGGAUCGACAGGAUCACGGAACCUGCACAUGCUAAUUAUACAUACUCGAUCGUAACUGGGAUGAAUGCUGGCAUUGAUAUGUUCAUGAUUCCAUACAACUACACAGAGUUCAUCGAUGGUCUAACUUAUCUAGUCAAGAACAACUUCAUAUCCAUGAGUCGUGUAGAUGACGCGGUUAAGAGGAUUCUAAGGGUCAAGUUCGUUAUGGGUCUGUUUGAAAAUCCUUUGGCUGAUUACAGCAUGGCUAAGCACCUUGGAAGCCAGGAGCACCGAAAUCUGGCCAGGGAAGCUGUAAGGAAAACGCUUGUCUUACUGAAAAAUGGCAAAUCUUCGAAGAAACCAUUGUUACCGCUUCCUAAAAAGGCAUCGAAGGUACUUGUUGCAGGUUCCCAUGCCGAUAACCUUGGCUAUCAAUGUGGUGGAUGGACACUCGAGUGGCAAGGGCUUUCGGGAGAUAUUACUGAUGGCACCACGAUUCUAUCGGCUGUGAAAAGCGCUGUUGAUCGAACAACUCAAGUGGUCUUCAAUGAGAACCCGGAUGCCGAGUUUGUGAAAUCUAACAAAUUCGACUACGCGAUUGUGGUGGUUGGAGAGCACCCAUAUGCCGAGACUUUUGGAGACAGCAUGAACCUGACAAUCCCUGAGCCUGGGCCGAGCACCAUCAAGAACGUCUGUGGCUCAGUGAAAUGUGUGGUGGUCUUGAUCUCUGGCCGGCCUGUGGUGGUGCAGCCAUAUGUCGAAACCAUAGACGCCCUGGUUGCAGCUUGGCUACCUGGAACCGAGGGCCAAGGUGUGACCGAUGCCCUGUUUGGUGACUAUGGUUUUACGGGCAAGCUUGCACGAACUUGGUUCAAGUCUGUUGAUCAGCUACCGAUGAACGUUGGAGACCCGCAUUAUGACCCAUUAUACCCGUUUGGGUAUGGGCUCACGACUGAAGCUAGGAAGAAUUUGUGAAGCUAAUUAACGAGUGUCUGAAUGAUUUUGUUUUCUUGGAGUUGGAUCUUGUAGCAGAGGCACAUUCAAAUAUUCAGCAACGAAUCUUGUCUUAAUGUUAUAUGAAUAAAGCAAUUGUGAUCUGCA